GUUUAAGCUUCAUUAGUUAUGCAACCCAUUAACAUUGGUCAGCUUCAUCAGGUCGCAUGCCUGGAUCUGCAGACAGGCAUGCUGGAGAAGAAAAUGACCACCACCGUGGCACCGUCCGCCGGCAUCAGUGAUUCCCAUCAGGCCAUCACGCUGAUCGGCGAUAUCAUACUCUAACCACUACGCAUUAGCUUUAUCAAAAUGGCGCGUGGCGCACGAUGCUAGGACCGACACGAAGAAAAUGACCUGGAUUAGUUACUCGUAUAAUUAUUGCUUGCUUCGUCACACGAAGAGCAUCCGCUCCUCAGUUGGCAGGCAGGGCGCCCCCCUUGCUACCGUUGACUCCUACCCGCCUUGCUCCCGUUCCGGCCAUGGAUCCGGACAUCGAGGUGGACGUCGACCUGUCGCCGUUCCUCAUCCGCUACAAGAGCGGCCGCGUGCGCCGCCUCAUGGGCACGCCCAGGGUCGACGCCGGCGCGGACGCCGCAACCGGCGUCACCUCCAAGGACGUCGCUAUCGACGCCGCCGGCGGCGGCCUCACCGCGCGGCUCUUCGUUCCCAGCAACGUCCUCGGCACGUCCACAAGGCUGCCCCUCCUCGUCUACUUCCACGGCGGCGCCUUCGCCCUGCACUCGGCCUUCUCCGCGGCGCACUCCCGGUUCGUCAACGCGCUCGUGUCCGCGGCCCGCGUGGUGGCCGUGUCCGUCGAGUACCGCCUCGCGCCCGAGCACCCGCUGCCCGCCGCAUACGAUGACGCCUGGGCCGCGCUCCGCUGGGCCGUGGCGAGCUGCGCCGCCGCCGGGUCCGGGUCCAGGACGGGAGAGCCGUGGCUGUCCGCGCACGGCGACGCCACGCGCCUCCUCGUCGCGGGAGACAGCGCCGGCGCCAACAUGGCGCACAACGUGGCGCUGAGGGCCGGGCGCGGCGGCGGCGGCCUGCCCGGCGUAGCGCGGAUCGAGGGGAUCGCGCUCCUGCACCCCUACUUCCGCGGCAGGGAGCUCGUGCCGUCGGAGGGAACGGACCCCCGGUCGCCGGAGAGGGAGAGGGCGGAGCGGUGGUGGGCCUUCGUGUGCGCGGGGAGGUACGGGUUCGACCACCCGUUCCUCAACCCGCUGGCGAUGCCGGCGGCGGAGUGGGCGGCGCUCGGCUGCCGGCGGGCGCUGGUUGCCGUGGCCGAGAUGGACUCGAUGAGCGACAGAGGCCGGCGGUACGUGGAGGCGCUGCGGGGUGGCGCGUGGCAAGGGGAGGAAGCCGUGCUGUACGAGACCCCAUGCGAGGGGCACGUCUUCUUCCUCCGUAAGUCCGACGGGAGAGACAGGGCGAAGGAGGACAUGAUUGCGGCCGUCGCGUCCUUCGUGGCGCUGUCAGGCGCCGAAGCUAGGCUCGGCCGUCCAUCUCGGCGCUCCUCGGGCUGUGAUGCUAAGCUUUAGAUCCUUGUGGAGUGCAGAAUUGAAUUUGUUCAUGUUAUGCUUGGCUUCAGAAGGCCCAGUUGAACUAUUUCAGGGUCCCCGUCAGAUAGGAAGGAUCGUGGUGUUCACAGUGGUUUUCAGGUGUUGCAGUUGCAUGACUGCAUAUUCUGCAUCUUUCCAGUUUCCACUA